UUUUGUCUCUGGCAUGGGUGGUAUUCUGUUUUGGGGCAGACAUAGAUAAGCUUGGCUUUGAGCUUGUAUGUGCAAAGCCAGAUUGCUGCUCUACAGACUUGGCCUCAUUCUGGCCUUGUCUCUUGUGUGGACUCCACCUUGUUCCAGUGACCUGUUUACCAAGAUUCCUUCCCAGCUCCUCUCUGCAUUCCUUUGCCCUCUCUGCACUUUUUGAUGGGUCCCGUGAUGCUGAGCUGCUGGGCUUGCAGCUGUCUCUGGUUGUGUUGGCUUGCAGGCUUCAUCAGCCUGUGUGCCCUGCCCACGAGAGGAAAGUGCCACUCCUGUCCUUGAUAAGCAUUGGCCACUGUCCUGCCAGAUGGAAGGUCAGAUCCUAGGGUGGAGCUCUUGGAAGGAGUCAGGCUGUCACAGGGACUGAGGUUUUUCUGUCCUUGUGUCACGCAGAGACCAGCUGCUCCUUGCUGUGCUGUGUCCCACCAGGGAGGAGGAACACAUUCAACUGGGAAGAGCUGGAAUGUCUUUGUUGUCACCAAAAACCUCUGAGGCUUCUUGCUGGUGUGAUGGUCCCAGCUGAGCACACUGAAUGCAUUUCCUCCCUGGACACACCAGGGGUUUAAACUGCAGAACAAGUUUUAGUACUUGCUUAAAAUAGGGAAGGUAAAAAAUAGGUUAUUUUAGGGCAUAGAAUCCUUUAGCUGAGCUCCAGUUUUCAAGUCCAGUGAGCAGAGUUGGAUAAUAAUAACAGUAGAAUAAUAAAAAUUAGAGAAGAGUGGGAGAAAGAGGAGAUGAAGUCAUGAUGGAUGGGUGCCAGUGAGUUGCCAUAGGGUCAGUCAGUGCUCCUUGCUCCUGGGACUGCAUCCUCCUGCUCUCCAUUUGACCAGCUUGGGUGCUUGGUACAGCCCACACUGUCUCCCCAUACCCUAAGCAACAUGAUGGGUGGUUCAGGGAAGGUGGCCAAACAUCUGUGGCUGCAGGUGGGUGCUGCCUCAUACAUCUCAGGUCUGUUCAGCCUCCCUAAGCAGCAGCCCUGGAGUUUGGGUCAAACUGGGUGACAGGGACACAGCUCUCCCCAUGGAUCUGUACAUGAAACAGCCCUUAACACAGACUAUUUAACUUGCCAGUGUUUGGGAUUCCCUUUUUUAAAUUGAAAGGGGUUUUAAGACUCCAUCACCCUCAGAAAACUGAAGGUCCUUGUCUAGGUUGAUAAAGAACACAGCAAUGUGCAUAGCAUGAACCCAUUGCUUGCUACUUGACUGCCUGCUCUCAGCAAAGAUUCAAUUUGCCUUAAAUUUUGUUCAGGCUACUCUUCCUCCUGCAGCUGUAAGUUCUGAUGUUCAUCAUUUUCUCCCUGCUGGAGCAAGAGUUGCUGCCAGACCUGCAGACCAUGCCAAGCAGUGUUGAUGCUUCUGGAGCCCGUGGCAGGGGAAGGAGCAGGAAGCAGCCUGAGCUGGAGGUGGAAGCAGUGUGUCCCUUAUGCGCGUCCCAGCCUGAAGCACCCUCAGUGCCUGCAGUGGAUAGGAAAUGUCACCCCUGUUCCCAUGCUCUGCAUGCCUGACCUCCAAGCUGAGAAACUGGGAAAUGACAGUAUGAGCCCAUGCCCUUCUUCAGAAGCUGAAUUUGGUAGAAGGUGCUGGUUUGGCUUGUCAUGGGACAUCUUUUUUCGCAACGCCAAUGCUGGAGCUGCUCCAGGCACUGCUUACCAAAGCCCCCCUUCGCUGACUACCAGCCUCUCCACCCUGUCCCAAGCCCAGUCCCUGGUUCAGGCACAGCCUAACGUGGAUAAACUGGUGGAGGACCAUCUUGCAGUGCAAUCUCUCAUCAGGGCAUAUCAGAUUCGAGGGCAUCAUGUAGCACAACUCGAUCCACUGGGCAUCUUGGAUGCAGAUCUGGACUCCUCCCUUCCAGCCGAUAUUAUCACAUCCACAGACAAACUGGGCUUUUAUGGUCUGGAUGAAUCUGACCUUGACAAAGUUUUCCACUUGCCCACAACCACUUUCAUCGGUGGAAAUGAAUCGGCUCUUCCACUCCGAGAAAUCAUCCGUCGGCUGGAGACGGCGUACUGCCAGCACAUUGGCGUGGAGUUCAUGUUCAUCAAUGACCUGGAGCAGUGCCAAUGGAUCCGGCAGAAGUUUGAGACCCCAGGCAUCAUGCAGUUCACCAAUGAAGAGAAGCGCACGCUGCUGGCCAGGCUGGUCCGCUCUACCAGGUUUGAGGAGUUCCUUCAUAGGAAAUGGUCUUCAGAGAAGCGUUUUGGUCUGGAGGGAUGCGAAGUGCUGAUCCCAGCCUUAAAGACCAUUAUUGAUAAGUCAAGUGAGAAGGGAGUGGAUUAUGUGAUCAUGGGAAUGCCUCACAGGGGACGCCUGAAUGUGCUUGCCAACGUGAUCAGGAAAGAGCUGGAGCAGAUCUUCUGCCAGUUUGACUCCAAGCUGGAGGCUGCUGAUGAGGGCUCCGGUGACGUGAAGUACCACCUGGGAAUGUACCACCGGCGGAUUAACCGCGUCACUGACAGGAACAUCACCCUUUCCUUGGUGGCAAAUCCUUCUCAUUUGGAAGCAGCUGAUCCUGUAGUUCAAGGCAAGACUAAGGCAGAGCAGUUUUACUGUGGGGACACGGAGGGGAAGAAGGUGAUGUCCAUCCUCCUGCAUGGAGAUGCUGCAUUUGCAGGGCAGGGCAUCGUGUACGAGACAUUUCACCUGAGCGACCUUCCCUCCUACACCACCCACGGCACUGUCCAUGUUGUGGUCAACAACCAGAUUGGAUUCACAACAGACCCACGGAUGGCCCGCUCCUCGCCGUACCCCACCGACGUCGCCCGCGUGGUCAACGCGCCCAUCUUCCACGUCAACGCAGACGACCCCGAGGCCGUGGUCUACGUGUGCAAUGUGGCAGCAGAAUGGCGAAGCACCUUCCACAAGGACGUGGUGGUGGAUUUGGUUUGUUACAGGCGCAACGGGCACAAUGAGAUGGAUGAACCUAUGUUCACGCAACCCCUGAUGUACAAACAGAUCCGGAAACAGAAGCCAGUGUUGCAGAAAUACGCAGAGCUGCUGAUUUCCCAGGGGGUGGUAAAUCAGCCGGAGUAUGAGGAGGAAAUUGCCAAGUACGAUAAGAUUUGUGAGGAGGCCCAUGCCAGAUCCAAGGAUGAGAAGAUCUUGCACAUCAAGCACUGGCUGGACUCACCUUGGCCAGGUUUCUUCACUUUGGAUGGGCAGCCCCGGAGCAUGACCUGCCCUUCCACUGGUCUCAAUGAAGAGGACCUGACACACAUUGGCCAAGUGGCCAGCUCGGUGCCAGUGGAGGAUUUCACUAUCCAUGGAGGUCUGAGCCGUAUCCUGAAAACCCGUGGGGAGAUGGUGAAGAACCGGACGGUCGACUGGGCCCUGGCAGAGUACAUGGCAUUUGGCUCCCUGCUCAAAGAGGGCAUCCAUAUCCGCCUGAGCGGCCAGGACGUUGAGAGGGGGACAUUUAGCCAUCGCCACCAUGUCCUGCAUGAUCAGAAUGUGGACAAGAGGACGUGUAUCCCCAUGAACCACCUCUGGCCCAACCAGGCUCCGUACACCGUCUGCAACAGCUCCCUGUCAGAGUACGGUGUCUUGGGAUUUGAGCUGGGCUUUGCCAUGGCCAGUCCCAAUGCCCUGGUGCUUUGGGAAGCCCAGUUUGGGGAUUUCCACAACACUGCUCAAUGCAUCAUCGACCAGUUCAUCUGUCCUGGGCAGGCCAAGUGGGUCAGGCAGAAUGGCAUUGUCCUGCUGCUUCCCCACGGCAUGGAGGGCAUGGGUCCCGAGCACUCCUCUGCCCGCCCAGAGCGAUUCCUGCAGAUGUGCAAUGAUGAUCCCGAUGUCUUCCCUAAGCUGGAUGAUUUUGAUGUGCGUCAGCUCUAUGAGUGCAACUGGAUCGUCGUGAACUGCUCCACUCCAGCCAACUUCUUCCACGUCCUGCGGCGCCAGAUCCUCCUGCCCUUCCGCAAACCGCUGAUAAUCUUCACUCCAAAGUCGCUGCUGCGCCACCCUGAAGCCCGUUCCAGCUUUGAUGACAUGCUGCCAGGCACCCACUUCCUCCGUGUCAUCCCUGACAGUGGCCCUGCAGCCCAGAAUCCCGAGCAGGUGAAGCGGGUGCUGUUCUGCACCGGCAAGGUGUACUAUGACCUGACCCGUGAGCGCAAGGCCCGGCAGAUGGAGGCUGAUGUGGCCAUCACCAGGGUGGAGCAGCUCUCCCCGUUCCCUUUUGACCUCCUCCAGCGGGAAGCCGAGAAGUACCCAGCUGCUGAGCUGGUGUGGUGCCAGGAGGAGCACAAGAACCAGGGUUACUAUGACUAUGUCAAACCCCGGCUUCGCACCACCAUCAACCGUGCAAAGCCUGUCUGGUAUGCAGGGCGGGAGCCAGCAGCUGCUCCUGCCACUGGCAAUAAGAAAACCCACCUGACAGAGCUUCAGCGGCUCCUGGACACGGCCUUUAACCUCGAUGCCUUCAAGGACCUGGCCUGAGCGCCGGCGUAGCGCAGCAUGCUCCUCCGUCUGUCUGUCCGUCUCUCUGUCCUUCGCUCGCCUCCCCCCCUAACUACAGAUCUUGUCAACCCCA